AGAAGCAGAGGAUUUGUGUACUAGAAUCUCAAACUCACUCAUUUCACCAGUAACUGUGUGGGAGAGAUACACUGUGUCAGCUGAGCCGACAAGACGACAGAGAGUUCACAACAUGGAAAAAAUAUUCACCAGCUCUGACUGUGGGCAGGGAUACGCUCAAUCUUCCCACCUGGUGACCCAGCAGCAAGUUUGUGCCGUGGAGAAACCAUUUGCCUGUCCCGAUUGUGGGAAGGGAUUCACUCAAGCAUGCAACCUGAAGAGGCACCAGAGAAUUCACACCGGGGUGAGGCCGUUCACCUGCUCCGAGUGCGGGAAGGGGUUCAUUCGGUUGUCCAACAUGGUAAUACAUCAGCGUGUUCACACUGGGGAGAGGCCGUUCACAUGUUCUGAGUGUGGGAAGGACUUUGCUCGUUUGUCCAACAUGGUAAUACAUCAGCGAGUUCACACUGGGGAGAGGCCGUACACUUGUUCUGAGUGCGGGAAGGGAUUCAUUCAAUCAUCUGCGUUGAUGAGACACCACAGAAUUCACACCGGGGAGAGGCCGUACACUUGCUCUGAGUGUGGGAAGGGAUUCAUUCAUUCAUCUGCGUUACUGAGACACCAGAACAUUCACACUGGGGUCAGGCCAUUCAUCUGCUCAGUGUGCAGCAAGGGAUUCCUUCAUUCGGUUGCAUUAGUGGAACACCAGAGAGUACACACUGGGGAGAGGCCAUUCACCUGCUCUGAGUGUGGCAGGGGAUUCACCCAUUUGACCAACAUGAUAACACAUCAGCGAGUUCACACCGGAGAGAGGCCGUUCAAAUGUUCUGUGUGUGGGAAGGGAUUCCCUCGAAACUCCACGUUACUGACACACCAGAGAAUUCACACCGGAGAGAGGCCGUUCACCUGCUCUGAGUGUGGGAAGGGAUUCACACAUUUAUCUGCGUUGCUGAGACACCAAAGAAUUCACACCGGGAAGAGGCCGUUCACCGGCUCGGUGUGCAGGAAGGGAUUCUUUCAUUCAGUUACAUUAGUGAAACAGCAGAGAAUUCACACUGGAGAUAGGCCAUACACCUGUUGUGAGUGUGAGAAGGGAUUCACCCAGUCAUCUGCAUUACUGACACACCAGAGAAUUCACACCGGGGAGAGGCCGUUCGCCUGCUCUGAGUGUGGGAAGGGAUUCAUUCAGUCUUCCCACCUGAAGACCCACCAGCGAGUUCAUACUGUGGAGAAACCAUUUGCCUCUCCCAACUGUGGGUAGAUACCCAACUCUUUCACUGAUAAAUGUAACCAACCAGAGAACUCACACUGGGGAAAGGGUAUUCACCCUUUUUUUUCGGAAGGGAUUCACUUCUCUAUGACUAUGACUUGAUUACGUCAGCUAUUGGCCAGCUGGCUUGUUCACACUGGG